UGCUUCCAGAUCCUUCCAGGCAGAGGGAUUUAGCCCUCAGAUUCUCCAGUGAGCCUGUUACUGAAACUGGGCUGUCCCCUUCCUGGGUGGUGAGGGGGAACAAUCCAGCACCCACAUACACUCGGCCUCACUCUGAGAGCCCAGGCAAACUCAUGCCCAUGAUCCCAAGGGGCUACCCAUGCCCUGGCCUCAGCUGUAGCCCCAGGUGGGCCUGUCCACCAUGCUGAUGUCUCUCCAACCUCUGCCGCAGCCAUCAACACUGUCCUGCUCAACAUCUUCUUGUUCUUGCAACGCAUGGUCUGUGCCAUGGCUGCCGACGGGCUCUUAUUCCAGGUGUUUGCCCACGUGCACCCCCGGACCCAGGUGCCUGUGGUGGGCAUCAUGGUGCUUGGGGUCCUCAUGGCUUUCCUGGCACUGCUGCUGGACUUCAAGGCACUGGUACACUUCCUCUCCAUUGGGACGCUGCUGGAAUGUACUGUUUUGCCCACCAGCAUUAUCAUUAUACGCUUCCGAAAGGCCCCAUCCGGUUCUCAGGACCCAGACAGCCCUGAGGGCACAGAGCAGGCUUCACCUGAGCCCGGGCAGCUGCGAUCAGCCCUGAGGCCCUACCUCCGCUUCCUGGGUGGGUGCAGACCCGGAGCCGCUGUGGCUUGGGCCCUCGGUGUCCUGGUGGGCUCGGCCAUCACCCUGGACUGUGUGCUGGUCUUUGGGGACUCGGCCCUGAACCUCCCGCCCUGGGGCUACACCCUGCUGCUCCUGCUCAGCUCCGCCACGUUUCUGCUCAGUCUCCUCGUCCUGGGGGCCCACCAGCAGCAGCGCCGGCAGGACACCUUUCAGGUUCCCAUGGUGCCCCUGAUUCCCGCCGUGAGCAUCCUCCUCAACGUCUUCCUCAUGCUGCACCUGAGCUACCUGACCUGGCUGGGCUUGUCCAUCUGUCUGCUUCUCGGACUCGCAGUGUAUUUUGGCUACGGCAUCUGGCACAGCAAGGAGAACCAGCGGAAACGGCCAGGGUUGGCUGUCCCACUCGGCAGCCUGGAGGAGAUGGUGCCAGCCCUGCAGCCCCCUAGCCAGACGCCAGCGCAGGAGCCCAGCCACACAGAGCAGCCCUCUAGUCCAUGAGGACCACUGGGGCCUGCCUGCUGUCCCCCACCUCCUCAGAGGCCAAAGGAGCUGCCAGCCCCUCUAUCCAGGGCAGCUUGGGUUUGCAGACCUGCCCAUGCUAGGGCAUCCUCAGGACCUUAGGACCUCAGCCCAGGUGCUGAGCUUCGAGUCUUUGGGAGUGGGCUAUGGCCAGCACUGCUGUGGUGAACUCUGCCCAGCAUCCUCCAGUUUAUGACCAAGUCCAGCUACCUGGGCAGGUGGAGUAGGGCGGGCAGGGAAGAGGCCCGAACCCCAAGGAUCCACAAUAAUAACUGCUCAGCCAUGUGGCCCAUCUCCAUGUCUACUGUGGAGUUCUUUGUGGCACUGACUCCUCACCUGCCCCAGGGAAAGAGACAGUUGUCCCCAAUCCACAGCAAAGGUGCAGAGGUUCUGUAAGGGGGAGGUGCCAGCCCUGGGACAGUCUUGAGUCAGGGACACAGCCAGGCCUUGGUCCCUGUGUCCUGCCCUCAGGCCAGUCCCCUCUGCCAAGCUCAGAGGGGUGCUACACACACCAGACAGAGAGAGAGGUCCAUGACAGGACAGGGCUAAGCUCCCUUCCAGGUUCCCCACAUGUCCUCUUGGAGAUGGAUGCUGAGAGCAGAGCCUGGAUCCCAAGGUGGUCACCUAGAAAGGGUAGUGCAGUUCCAGGGUCCCCUCGGUUUCUCAGGGCUCCCAGAGAGCAGGGCAAUCCUGAGGCCUGCCCUGGAUGGAGAGGCCCCCUGCCUGGGCACACGCACAGGCACACACAGCCCACACGGUCCUCUGGGCGUGCACCCACGUGCAGACUGAGGCAGCAGCUGUUUCCCAGCCCAGGGCUGCCUGCAGCUUCCAGCUGCCUCUCUCCCUGCCGCCCCCUCAGGGCUUUGUGACAAAGGCUCGGGAUGGGACACACGUGGGCAGUUGGGUGCACAAGCACCUGGGCCUGCUCCAGGUAACUUCAGCCCACCUGUGGUGUUGGGGCCUCAUGCUUGGGGAUCUCCAGGCCCACGCUGCACCCCCUGUGGCCUCCCCAAGGCCACGCUCCAUCUACCAUAGACGCCUCCCCAUCCCCGUUCCUGCCUGUGAGGACCACACAGGAAGCCACUGGCUUUGGCAUCUUUAUUCCUCAACUCUCUGCAGCCUUAACAUCACUUUCUCUGGGCCCCAAGGACAAGCAAGGACACAUGACCCCACUCCAAUAACCAGGCCUCAGGGCCGUGAUCUCUCUCCCCGGCCCUUCUGACCCUGCCUCCCAUGGACACUGCCCUGGGGGUGAGAGGCAGCAGGGACCCCAAGGCUUUGCUGAGGCUCCAGGUACCAGAUGAUUCCAGAUCCUGCCCAGCCUGAGCCCCAGGCCUCCCCUCCCCAGCCUGGCCCAUGGCACUCCACGAGCAAGCUGCCAGCAUGGCCCUGCUCACCAGGGACCAAAGAGGAGGCAGCCCCUUGUCUCCCUGGGGUGGGUACCCUGAACCCUGCCCCUCCCUGGGACCCAGAGAGGGCUUGGCUCCUGCAGCCUCGUCCUUCCCCUCCUGACUGUGGGUGCAGGACACGGGGAAAUUCUCCAGCAGGCAGGACUCAGGCCCCCAGGGGAAUUCCAGAACCUGAACA